AUGGUUGGAACAGAAUUGCUACUGGUGAACCGUUCCUCGGCUCAAGCUGGCGAAGAGCUGAGAGGUGCCGUGCAGCAGAUGGUGGAGUAUUUAGGCAUCCCAUUUGCUCACCCACCUUUGGGUCCCUUGCGGUUUGCUGCCCCCCAGCCAGGUGGGCCCUGGAAAGGAGUGAGGGAUGCCACCAAAAUGCCUAAAAUGUGCCUACAGGAUACGGCACCUGUGGAGGAAGUCUGGAAAACGUUCCCUGUUCAGUAUCCGUCAGUGGAAAUGUCUGAGGAUUGUCUUUACCUUAAUGUGUACAGACCCACUGGGACUGCCUCUGGAGACAAUCUACCAGUGAUGGUGUGGAUCCAUGGGGGAGGCCUGGCUUCAGGAGGGGCCUUCCAGUACGAUGGUUCACCACUGGCAGCUUAUCAGAACGUGGUGGUGGUGGUUGUUCAGUAUCGUCUCAGUAUUUUGGGAUUCCUAAGCACUGGAGAUGAACAUGCACCUGGAAACCGGGGCUUCCUGGAUCAAAUAGCCGGCCUCCAGUGGGUUCGUGACAAUAUAGCAGCCUUUAAUGGAGACCCAAAUUCAGUCACUGUCUUUGGACAAUCUGCAGGUGGCAUCAGUGUCUCUAUGUUGGUACUACACCGGCAACCCACUGCCUAUGGCCCAGGUGCCAACCUAUGA